UUCCACGUAGAACGUAAGCUCGUGGGGCCGCAGAGGGCUGGCACUGGUCAUUCGGAACUGAGGGACCGCGGUGAAGGAAGCCAGGAAGCGUCAAGGGAGGACGUGAGGCUCAGGCAGUCAUGGAACAGUACCUCAGCGCCUGCUACAAGACUGCCAAACUGGCUGCCAACAAAGCAGCCUCCGGCAGCCUGGCUGAGAGCAGUCAGCAAUGCGGAGAUGGGGUACACAAAGUCCGAAUUCCAGGGGUGGGAGCCGCUCAGUUACUAGAUUUUCCUCUUGGAGUCAAGCUGCCCGUGAUCCCAGGAACAGAUACUGUUUAUUUUACGACGAAUAUUGGUGAAAAGCUUUUUCAACCUUCAUAUGAUUUUAACUUGAGUGAUCCUUACUGUCGACUUUUGGAAAACCAAUAUAAAAGUCUCCACGAUCCACAUUUAAGAACAUACUAUAAGCGCAAAGAUAUUCUGCGAAGGCUAAAGAAAGGUGGCUACAUCACCAGCAAUAACAAAAUUGUAUGUAACUUGAGGGAACUGAAUAAAUACAGGCAAUAUCUUACGAACUUAAAAAUAGACUUUGAAAGAAAUUAUGUAAGAGAACAGCAAUCGAUUACAAAACAACUACAUAAACUGCAAGAAACCAGCCAGUUUACUCCCUGUUCUGAUGUCACACGCUUGCAGAACUGGUUGUUACAGGGCAACACGCAGUCUAUCAAGGACCAAGAGCGUUGGUUAAGACACAGAUAUCUGGAUAUGAUCAAUAGAGAAUUAGAACAGCUUGACCGCACAGCAGAAGAGCAGCGCCUGCUCCGCAUGGACAGAGAAGAGCGAUGGCAGCGGGAAUACACAAGAAAAAAACUUAAUCUUCGUAGAAAAAUCGAAGAGGAAUGGAAGACAAAGGAGAUGCUGCUGCUCUCGAAGAUUGGAGAAGAUGCCAAGAAAGAGCAGAGGGUGGAGGAACAGAGGCGCAGAAGCCAAGAAGAGAGUGACAGAAAGAAACAAGCAAUAUUAGAGAAAAAAAUGGCUUAUCAUUUACAAAAUAUGCAGGAUACUGACAUUAAAGAUGACAUGGGAAGAAAUGCAUUUGAAUACAAAGGACAAAAUGGAACUGCUUAUGAAUCUUAUAUAAAGAAGAAAAAGAAGGAGUUUGAUGAUAUAAAAGUAGUUUAUCCUGGUGGUGACCAGGAAGCAUUAAAAGAAGCAUCAGCUUUCAAGUUGCAGUUAAUGUGUAAACUUGGAAUAACCUUGAAACAUACCUUACUGGUUAAAACCUAA